UGAAGCCACCUUCUAGCUGAAACUUGGCCAUACGUUAUCCACACAAAUCUACCUUCUGAUUUGAUAAGACAGACAUGUUCAAAUCCAAUGUCCAAACCAAAUCCAACACAACAAAAAACUGAAAAAAUUUCUUCAAGAUUGUGUUGGGUAUCAAAAAAAUGUCUGUGACAUCUUCAUACCCAUGCAUCAAAAUCCCAGCAUGUUCCACUUCUUCAUCAUGCUCAUCAUCAUCAACUUCCUCCUAUAACUCUUUCAGAUUCUCUUCCUGCAAGCCUUAUGCUGUUGUUGUUACUAUAAGGAAUUCUCAGACUGAAGGGCCUAUAAGAAGACCAGUGGUCAGAGAACCAUCAUCAAGUGUUCCUCAGCUGCAGAAGCCAUCACCUCCUUCUCAACCUCCGCCGCAAGCCACGGUUGCGCCGCCGCCAGAGCAGAAGGCGGGUUCUGCUGCUGUUGGAUAUGAUAAGAAUGCUGUGACUACAAUAGAGUUUCAGAGGCAAAAGGCUAAGGAGUUGCAGGAAUAUUUUAAGCAGAAGAAGCUUGAAGAGGCUAGUCAGGGUCCUGCCUUUGGCUUCGUUGGGAAAAAUGAGAUUGGGAAUGGAAGAUGGGCAAUGUUUGGUUUUGCUGUUGGGAUGCUAACAGAGUAUGCAACUGGCUCUGACUUUGUUGAUCAAGUCAAGAUCCUUCUCUCGAAUUUUGGGAUAGUAGAUUUGGAAUGAAACUUUUAUAUUGUAUGUAUACUGUCAAUAGUUUCUUGUUGCUUUUCAAAGUUUAAACACUGUUCAUCAAUUUGUUUCAUCUUCAUAUAUAUAUAUAUAUAGCCAUUAAACUUUGCUUAGUCUUCAUACCUAUGGAAUAAUUCAAAUUUUAAUA